GAAUAAUGCAAGUUUAAAGUCAACACAAAUCUCCAUUGUAGUAUAAAACUAGAGAAGUUUCUCUUGUGAUCACCAGAGAUCAAAAUGAAACUAACAUUAGUAGUUGUCCUUUUAGGUUUCCUGUGCAUUUCACAAGCCUAUUCUAGGGAGGAGGAAGAAUCUUUUUUGGAAUGGAUAGUUGAUCAAGCAAGGAAAGAACAAAACGAUAAUGACAGACCAAGACCUUCAGGGCAACCAGAAAAAGAUGGACCAAGACCCUCUGGACGACCUCCAAUGAAGGGAAAGAAUGGAAAAGGACAAAAACCAGAAGAGAGAGAACUUGAGGGUGACAGACCAAGACCAAGUGGACAACCAGAAAUGGAUGGACCAAGACCCUCUGGAAGACCUCCAAUGAAAGGAAAGGGAAGAAAAGGACCAAAACCAGAAGAGAGAGAACUUGAUGGUGACAGACCAAGACCUUCAGGACAACCAGAAAUGGAUGGACCAAGACCCUCUGGACGACCUCCAAUGAAAGGAAAGGGAGGAGAUGGACCAAGACCCUCUGGACGACCUCCAAUGAAAGGAAAGGGAAGGAAAGGUCCAAAACCAGCAGAGAGAGAACUUGACGGUGACAGACCAAGACCAACUGGGCAACCAGAAAGAGAUGGACCAAGAUCAUCUGGAAGACCACAAAUGAGAGGUCAAACUCCCAAAAAGGGAAAAGGUCCGGAUACUCGACCAUCAGAAAAUAAUCUUGACGAAAUGCUACGUGAACUUGAACUUGACAUUGAAGAGUUAGAAGAACAAAAUAAUAUUGGUAGACCAAGACCCUCUGGACAACCAGAUAGAGAUGGACCAAGACCCUCUGGACGACCUCCAAUGAAAGGAAAGGGAAGACAAGGGCAAAAACCAGUAGAGAGAGAACUUGACGGUGACAGACCAAGACCAAGUGGACAACCAGAAAUGGAUGGACCAAGACCCUCUGGAAGACCUCCAAUGAAAGGAAAGGGAAGAAAAGGACCAAAACCAGAAGAGAGAGAACUUGAUGGUGACAGACCAAGACCAAGUGGGCAACCAGAAAGAGAUGGACCAAGACCCUCUGGAAGACCUCCAAUGAAAGGAAAGGGAGGAGAUGGACUAAGACCCUCUGGACGACCUCCAAUGAAAGGAAAGGGAAGGAAAGGUCCAAAACCAGCAGAGAGAGAACUUGACGGUGACAGACCAAGACCAACUGGGCAACCAGAAAGAGAUGGACCAAGAUCAUCUGGAAGACCACAAAUGAGAGGUCAAACUCCCAAAAAGGGAAAAGGUCCGGAUACUCGACCAUCAGAAAAUAAUCUUGACGAAAUGCUACGUGAACUUGAACUUGACAUUGAAGAGUUAGAAGAACAAAAUAAUAAUGGAAGACCAAGACCCUCUGGACAACCAGAAAGAGAUGGACCAAGACCCUCUGGAAGACCUCCAAUGAAAGGAAAGGGAGGAGAUAGACCAAGACCAUCUGGACGACCUCCAAUGAAAGGAAAGGGAAGAAAAGGUUCAAAACGCAUUUAAAGGAUAAUCGACCGAUGUUAUCGUUGGUGGAUGAACAUGUGUUUACAGCAGCAACCAUUUUUAAAAUUUUGAAAUGUUAGUGAACAUUUUCCCAUUACAUUAUGUACUUUUGUAAUUAGCAUGUACUAUCAUUGUGAAAUAAUUUAAUUUCAAAUAACUUCUCUUAUUAAAGUUUUAGCACAA